AUCGGCAACUUUAACGUUCAUUUGUAAAAUGAAAGUAGAAAUAUAUGUGCGAGUGUACAUACAUACAUGUGCAUAUAUUGUUGUAGAAUACGUGUAACCGUUCUACGCCAACUCGAAAACCAACGAAAAUUCAGUCAGUCACAUUUUCGUGUUCCAACCACCCAGAACUCUUUGGCGAAACACCCGCAUGGUGAAGACUUUGAAAAUUCUACACUCCAUAUUUCAUAAAUAACAAAUAAAUAUUGUUUUAACAUAAAUUGAAAAUAAAAGAGUUUAGCAUUUUUGGCAUAUUGAGCGGCCAAGUGGUUAUUUUUAGCAAUAUUCUAAUAGAAUUAUACGUGUGCGCGUAUGUACAUAGAUACACAGAUGAGAAGGUGUAUUUGAAUAUCGUCGCAUAUGUGCAAUUAUUGUACGAAAAAACUGAUGAAAAUACAGAGCGAAGUACAGAAGUGACGCAUGAAGUCAUAGAAAACAUUCCUCAUAUAUGUAUGUACACAUGCAAAAAUAAAAAAAAUAAAAAUAAACAAAUAUUUAUCUAGUUGCUCAACUGACAGUCUGUUGUCGCUAUCAACAGUAUCAGCCAGUUCUGUGUAUAUACAUAAGUAUAUUUACGGCUUCAUCAAAGUUAAUUCACAUUAAAAUUAUCUGUGAAAUAGCGAUUGGAAACGAAACGCACGUGAAUAUCGCCAUUGCCCAUUGAACCGAACGCUGUCAGCCGGCUAGCAUACACCAGCCGCGCAUACAUACUUACAUACAUAUAUAUAUCCGUAUUAUAAAUGCCGGGAGCAUAUACAGAAUGAAUAGUAUGAGAACGUGUUUAUGAAUAAGCAUCAUUUUGCAUUGGUACAUACCGAAAAUAAGGUGAUUCGUCUGCGUAGUGUCUCACGCUCAACAGUAGGCCAGUGACGUGGUUGUUGCGCCACCUACGGAGAGUGAAAAAAAAAACACACACUCAUUGAGUGCUGAGAGCUUUAAACAAUACAACUCACAAAGAGCGCACAAUUUGUUUAAUAAGAUUCUAUUUUAACCAACAACAUACAAAGUUUCGCUCUGGGAUUUUCAAAGUAAACAUUAAAGCCAGUAAUCGUAAAUCAGCAGCAGCCGCAAAGCUUUCGCACCGAAACAGUUGGAAAAAUGGGUUACGAUGAAGUGCUUGUGCCCUUGGGAGAUUUCGGCAAAUAUCAACGUCUUAUAUUCUUUUUACUAUGUCUCACAGCUAUCUCUUGUGCCUUUCAUAAAAUGUCGCGUACAUUUAUUUUUGCCAAGCCGAACUUCCGUUGCCAACUUCCUUUCGAGCACGAGACGAAUGACACCACUCAUCAUCUACAAAGCAACAAAACAAACGACUUCGAAUUGCCGGCUCACCUGUGGCGCUUGGCGUAUCCGGCGGGAACAGCUGAUCCGAAAAUAGGACGUUAUGAGGCUUGUAGCUACUUUAAUAUGGAAGAUAAAUACUAUCGCUUGUUGGGUAAUAGUAUGCAAGCAUACAAUGACAGCAAUACGCUGUUGCAACAAAAUAUUACCUUAACCAAUGAAACGGUGCCGUGCAGCAGCUACAUUUAUGAUCACUCGAAGAUCAGCAAUACCGCCGUCACAGAGUGGAAUAUGAUUUGCGAUCAUAGCUUCUUGAUAGCCACCAGUGAUGCGAUAUUUAUGUUUGGCGUUUUGGUGGGUAGUAUUGGUUUCGGUCAGUUGUCGGAUAAGUGUGGCCGAAAGCCAGUCUUCUUCGUGUCGCUGCUGAUUCAGGUUUCGUUUGGCAUACUGGCGGGCAUUGCACCAGAUUAUCUCACAUAUAUAAUCGCACGCUUCGUAAUUGGCGCCACAACUUCGGGAGUCUUCCUCGUUGCCUAUGUCAUUGCUAUGGAGAUGGUGGGUCCCAAGAAACGUCUAUAUGCCGGCAUAUUCUUGAUGAUGUUCUUCUCCGUGGGUUUUAUGCUAACUGGUGCUUUCGCCUAUUUCAUAAGCGAAUGGCGCACACUACAAAUAGCCAUAUCUCUGCCGGGGCUUUUAUUUCUUAGUUAUUAUUGGAUAAUACCAGAGUCUGCUCGUUGGUUGAUUUCGAACAAUCGAAAAGAGGCCGCGAUCGCGAACAUACAAAAGGCCGCGCGUUUCAACAAAGUGCACUUAGACGUGGAUGAAAUUAAUCGAUUACUAAGCGAUGAAGAUAAUAUAGAAAAAACGAAAUUAAAGGAAACGCAAGAGAAUACUGCGACGGUCACUGGUAGAGCAGUAUCCGUUUUUGAUCUAUUGCGCUAUCCGAAUUUGCGUCGAAAAACUUUGUUAAUUUUCUUCGAUUGGUUUGUGAAUAGCGGUACUUACUAUGGUCUCUCGUGGAAUACAAAUGCUUUGGGUGACAAUAUGCUAUUGAAUUUUGUGAUUUCCGGCGCAGUUGAAAUUCCAGCCUUUACCUUUUUGCUUUUCACACUCAAUCGCUGGGGACGACGCACCAUACUCUGCGGUUGUAUGUUGGUUGCCGGAUGUGCACUACUGCUCACCAUUUUUGUGCCUAAAGAAAUGAAUUGGCUGAUUAUUGUGCUAGCAAUGAUUGGGAAGCUGGCGAUCACCGCCUCUUAUGGCACAGUUUAUAUCUUCUCCGCAGAGCAAUUCCCCACGGUAGUGAGAAAUGUGGGCCUGGGCGCGUCUUCGAUGAUGGCACGUGUCGGCGGUAUAUUAGCGCCCUUCAUCAAUAUGCUGAGCAAUGUAUGGCGCCCGUUGCCGCUCAUAAUUUUCGGAAGUGCUGCAUUCACCGGCGGACUGCUAUCGUUGCUGCUGCCUGAGACGCACAAUAAACCGACGCUGGAGACUAUAGAGGAAGGUGAAAAUUUUGGUAGAAAAGAACAUACGACAGUUGAGCGACCUAAUAAAGACAUAUUCAUUGUGGAUAACAUGGAAAAUGUGCCUUUGAACGGUAAUGGUAAUCAUGCUGACAAAAUACAAAUAAAAAAUAUGGCUAGUUAGUAAGGUAUGGUCGAAUGGGAUUUAUAAUUUAAUUAAAAGUACUUAAUAGAGACAGAUUCUACUGUUUUGGCGCAUUUCUACGACCAAACUUGAACUCUCCGAAUUCAAAACUAAGCAUUUAUAACUAUUAUUUUUCAUAAAACACAGCCAAAUUGCUUUCAAAGUUACUUUCAUAUUAUGCGUUUCGACUAUUUUAAUUAUCUAGACAAACUUCCGGGGGAUUUCAACAAAGCACGUCACAUACACUAUCGUACUAGUAAUCACACUUUUCGCAUUUAUCAAAAAGUAUUUAAAGUAUUCAACUGCUUUCAAAAAUUACCUAGCUGUAGAACAUAACAUAUUAGUUAAGUGUCGUAAGCUAGUCGUAUACUAAAGAAUUUAUUAGCGGAUAUAUAUAAUAUAUAUACAUACAUAUAUUCAAAUGUCUAAUGUUUUGCGGUUUACUUUGUCUACUUAAAUAUUGCCAAAUUGUGAUGAGUUUUAAUUAGAAAUUCUAUAAACUAGCAACAGUAAUCUAUAUUAUUUUAUGAAUUAUUAGUUUUAAAUGGAAAAUUAUGUAGUUAUGUAGUAUAUACAAAUAAAUCGAUAAAUAUACGGCUUAGAUCUCAAAAACAUUGAACUUUUUAUUUAAACUAUUGGUUUAAAAGUAUAUAAGUUGGCGAUCUAAACUCAGAUGGAAGCAUCAAGUGGAGAGUGUUGAACAGGCUAAACUUGAAAUCU